GUAUAAAUAAGUUAAUAGUAGAAGUUAAGGACAACACAAAGAAAAGGAAACAAACACUAUCAAUCACAGAAAAAGAGUGUCCAAAUGGCUGAAGGAAAAGGAAGAGUUUGUGUGACUGGAGGUACAGGUUUUCUUGGUUCAUGGAUUAUCAAGAGUCUUCUUGAAAAUGGAUACUCUGUCAAUACCACUAUUAGAGCUGAUCCAGAACGUAAGAGGGAUGUUAGAUUCCUGACAAAUCUACCCGGUGCAUCCGAAAAGCUACAUUUCUUCAACGCCGAUCUAAGCAACCCAGACAGUUUCGCUGCAGCAAUCGAAGGCUGUGUCGGGAUAUUCCACACCGCUUCGCCAAUUGACUUCGCUGUGAGUGAACCAGAAGAAAUAGUGACAAAAAGAACAGUCGACGGCGCAUUAGGCAUUUUAAAAGCAUGUGUGAAUUCAAAGACAGUGAAGAGAUUUAUAUACACUUCAAGUGGUUCUGCUGUUUCAUUCAAUGGAAAAGACAAAGAUGUGUUGGAUGAGAGUGAUUGGAGUGAUGUUGAUUUGCUUAGAAGUGUUAAACCAUUUGGUUGGAAUUAUGCUGUUUCUAAGACAUUGGCUGAGAAAGCUGUUCUUGAAUUUGGUGAACAAAAUGGAAUUGAUGUUGUUACUUUGAUUCUUCCUUUUAUUGUUGGUCGUUUUGUUUGCCCUAAGCUUCCUGAUUCUAUCGAGAAAGCUCUUGUUUUGGUAUUAGGGAAAAAAGAACAAAUUGGUGUGACACGUUUCCACAUGGUACAUGUUGAUGAUGUAGCUAGAGCACAUAUAUAUCUACUUGAGAAUUCUGUUCCAGGAGGUAGAUACAAUUGCUCACCAUUCAUUGUACCUAUUGAAGAGAUGUCUCAACUUCUUUCAGCCAAAUAUCCAGAAUAUCAAAUACUAACAGUAGAUGAGUUGAAGGAAAUUAAAGGUGCAAGGUUACCAGAUUUAAACACGAAGAAACUCGUGGACGCUGGUUUCGAAUUUAAGUACACUAUCGAAGAUAUGUUCGACGAUGCAAUUCAAUGUUGCAAGGAGAAAGGCUAUCUAUAAGCAUGUGUUGGAAAAUUUCAUGUUGUAAUCUAUUUUAGUCAUGAAAGUUGAGAAAAUAAUAAUGUGCCUAAGAUCAAUGACGGCUAAUGAGAUGUACAAGUUUAUGCAUUGAGUUGUUUGUGAUGAAUCAACUAAUGAAAUAAUCAGUUUAUUUUCUGAAUA